AUGGCUACAAACUGGGCGAGCCUGCGAAAUAAGUUUCGCACGGACAAGCGCUGCAAUGAGAGCUCCUGCCGAGACCGGUCGGAUACGGCUGAUGCGGACGAUGAUGAGGCGGAGCCGCCAGACCGCGCUGAGAUUGGAAGAGCUGCUUGGAGAUAUCUCCACUCUGUGGCGGCAGAACAUCCAGAGGCAGCUUCCGAGCUAGAAAGUACGAUGGCGCAGGCAUGGCUUGCAGCCUUCGUUCAGACAUAUCCGUGUUCGCAUUGUGCCUCGCACUUCGUAGAUGUUUGCGAGGCCAUGCCACCGCAAACGCUUUCUCGCAAAGACUACGCUGUGUGGUGGUGCGAGGCGCACAACAAGGUCAACGAGCAUCUGAAGAACGAGCAAUUGACUUCAGCCUUUUUCCGCAAGCUAGCUCCAGCAGUACGACUCGACACCAUUCAGCCUUCUGAGCCGGAUGAUGCUGACUCUGAUGAUCUCAAAAAGCAGCAAGUGGUGAGGUUGGCCGAUGGCGGCUAUGUGGAUAACACGGCGGUUGCCUUUAUCAUCAAGCACCUGCAGGACAAUGGUCUCGGCGAAGACUUCCGCAUUGUGUUGUUCAUGAACACCACAUCCAAGAGUGUGCAGAUGGGCAGCCACAAGAUUCCUGGGGACAUUGCCCGCCUUUUUGGAGGAUCCAAGCUGAGCUCCGAAUCCGACCUUGCCAACUCCAACCUAGACAAAUUCCCCGUGACGGAAUCGUUUAGCUUUGACACUAUAUCUGCACAUAUCUUUGAGAAGGCGGCUUGGGACAAUGUGACAGAACAAUGGGCAACCCCUGAGGAUCCGUUUCGUUUGCGCCAUUUUGCGCUGCAGGUGGAAACAGUGAACAACCUUGCCUUUGGUAUCAAGGCAGGGGACAAAGGAGAACUCCUGAUCUUCAUAUCUGAGCACACGGAAGCCUCUAUUGUCCCUAUGGGAGAUGACGAUUUCUUGAAGUAUAAGGACAUUUACACCAAGACCCGUGGCAUGAUGAAAGAGCGCCAAGAGCGCAUUGACUCGCUCAGAGCAGCCAUGGGAAUCAUAGCUCCAGAAGGCAGUGUGAAGGUCAGGGUUGCCUUGUCAGGUGGAGGUUGGCACAGUCACACCUGCCAUUCAGCCUGGUUUGCAGCCAUGCUUGAUGCGCCUUGGGCACCCACGCUCAAGCAAGUCUUGCACAACGUCGAUGUGAUUGCUUCCAACUCCGGAGGCAGCUGGUUUUUGUCAAUGCUUGCGUUCUCCAAGGCAUUCCGCGAGUCUUUGGAAGUCAAGACAAGCCGAGAUCAGUGGGCCAUGUUGAAGCCGGACGCUGACGCCAACGGUUUUCUGGAGCAAACGCGGAUGGCAUUUGGCAACUCUUUUGUCGAGGGUUGGCUCCCAGAGGACAAGCUGCCCGUGUAUCGAAUACUGCGCUUGGCUCUUUGGCAUCUUGGGGUUUGGUUUGACUGGGAAAAAGUGGUCAAAAGCUUGGUGUACCGCCCCUAUGAUAUGAAGACGGAGCUGGAGAACGUGAGUCUGUCUGGGACGUGCCAGGAUUGGGUGAAUGGUCCCACCUGCAAGACCCUCUUGUUCGCGACUGCGCUCAUGACCGAAAAGGUGGUUCUUUGUCACCAUGGCUGGAACAAGGACGAGCAAAUGUAUGACGUAGAAGUUGAAGGCCAGAAGAUGUUUACGCCAGUUGUCUUUGCGCGUACUGCUCCCGACCACAUCCCUCCACACCUCUUGACCAUUGGGAAGGAGGCGGCACUUGCCUACACAAGCAGGAGUACUUGGAGCGAGGAGCCGAAGGGCAAGGUUGUUGUGAAUCAGGAGGACAAGAGGGAUGGCAUUCGAAGCGCUGCAGCCAGAAUCAAGGUUAUGGAUGCCGCUGCGGCUUCAUCUGCAGCAGCGGCAUGUGUGGCGAGCACCGAGAUGAGCGAGGCUUUCUUCAAGGGAGAGAUCACAGGAAGCAAAGACGGAGAGGCCUUCAUGGCCGCAAUUAUGGCAGCAGAAAUGAGGGUCGAAUCGGUUGACUCCCGGCGCUACGCAGGUAUGCUUGAUGCCGAGCUACGCGGGGCCUACUACAAGCGUGCGAAGCUGCUGCACCCAGACAUUGCUGGCGAGGCAUCCCACGCAGACUUUCGGCGACUUCAAGAGGACUACGAUGAGGCAUCGCAGCUGAUGCAGGCUGGCGACAGAGGCGACAGUGGCGCAGGAGGCGAGGAAGCGAGCUGGGAUGUUGGAGGCCAGCGUUGGAAGCCCGGGGCGUUCAGUGGCAACUUUCAUGGCAACUCUGCCGGGUUUCGAGAAAGCGAGGUGAACUUCGACCCACGAGCCUUCCGGGAGAGGCAGCGAUCCCACACCAGGCAAGAGGGCAGCGGUUAUAGUUACCAGGCUUCUGGCCAUGGGUCCUCCUUCUCCAAGGCGCCUGGUACGGAGAGGACAUUCAAUCCGGCCCACAUCUUCAAGGGCAGCGUGCUCAUGUCAGGGGCAUUCUUUGCAGGUAACGCUCUGCUGCGCAGCUGGCGGCAAGAAGCUGCGGAUUUUCAUCGGGUCUAUACUUGA